AUGGAGUCUCCUAGGCACACGUUCGUCAAACUGGUAAUAUCAGAGCCCGACAACGAAUCCGAAUCCGAACCCAUAUUCGUUAAGGGCACGUGGUAUCCGACUCAUUUCGACCUCUCCAUCACCAACGGUCUGCAUGCCUGGACUUGCCACGCAACGGAGGAAGAGGUCAAGGAGAGAGCUACGCAAUGGGACCAACCAGUGAGUGAAUACAUCGACUUAGCUGAGAAAUACCUCGGGUUUGAACAGCCGGGUUCGGUUUACGGGUUCUCGGAUUCUGGAAACGGGUUCAGAAGGGGUUUGGAUGUUGGAAAGUGGUACAAAAAAAUCGCAAAUUUGUCUAUGUUAACAUGGACCUUUGAGAAGGAAGGUACAAAACUGGAAUGGCGAUGGAAAUGUCAACCUUCAAUAAAUAGCAAGAUGACUACAGCAGAUGUAUUGGACUUUCUCCUGGAUGCUAACAUAAGAUUAAGUGAGGAAGUUGUCCGGCAAAACCAGUCGACUGAUAGGCUCAAAGCAGAGGCAGAAAAAUGUUUGUCUCAAAGUGAGAAACUCAGCAAUGAAAAGACACAGUUUGAAAAGAAAAUCUAUGGGAAGUUUGUUGGGGUCUUGAACUCAAAGAAAGCAAAACUCAGACAGCUUCGUGAUCGGCUCUCCAAACAAGCAACUGCAAAGCAAUUGCAUGAAGAAGAUGAAGAGUCGGCAGAGGGGACUGAGAGUUUUGAUGAAGGAACUGAUGGUGGUGAAGAGCGAGGGAAGAACGAUACGAGUUACUCCAAGGAUGUCCCUGCUCGUAGACCGAGAAAGAGGAAGUGA